GAAUACUGAGAAGUUGUGGUACGCUUCUAAAAAGUAAGAAUUAAACUUAUAUCUUCUGAACGGAUGCCAUGUCUCAGCCAGCACAUCCAAGUUCCACCGGUGAUAAUAAUCGUAAGCCAGUGAAAUGUAGCUCUUCAGACUGUUGGUGCCUUCUCCAGAAAUUAAGAUCGGACUGUCCUUUGGUUCAGUGUAUCACAAAUUAUGUGUCGAUGGACAUCAUGGCAAAUACUCUCCUUGCGAUCGGAGCGUCCCCUGCCAUGGUACACGCUGAAGAAGAAGUGGAAGAAUUUGUCACCUUGGCCUCUGCACUGCUGAUAAAUAUUGGAACUCUUUCUACACCUUGGAUCAGGUCAAUGCACAAGGCUGCAGCAAAAGCUCAGGAAUUGGGGAAGCCAUGGGUGUUAGACCCUGUGGGCGCAGGUGCCACCAGCUUACGGACAAACACUGCAACAGACUUGGUUGUUUCUUAUAAGCCCACUGUGAUACGAGGCAAUCCCUCUGAGAUAAUGGCUCUUGCCAAAAGUAUUUGCAAAGGACUUGAUCUUCAGCCGUCAGAUGGAGCUCAAAAAGGAGUUGACAGUUCUCAGAGUUCAGACCAUGCCCUUGGGCCUGCCAAGGCCUUGGCCAAGGAGUGCUGCUGUGUUGUUGUAGUGACAGGAGAACAUGACUUUGUGACAGAUGGCUCUAGUGUGAUCACUGUAUCAAAUGGUCAUCCAAUCCUUAAAAAGAUAACUGCAGCUGGAUGCACUUUGACAGCUGUGCUGGCAGCAUUUGUUUCUCUGGGGGAUCCCACAGAUGUAACACAUGUGAUCAAAAGUUGUGCUUGUGCACUGAGUAUCUUUGGAAUUGCAGCAGAGCUAGCUGUUGAAGAUCCAAUAGCUAAGGGGCCUGGUAGUGUCAGAAUGCUUAUGCUAGAUACCUAUGGCAGAUUUAAUGCACAAACCUUGUUGGAAAGGGCAAAAAUUUCCUUUCCUUCCUAAAUUUCCUAAUUUCCUCUACACACCGCCAAGAUCAUAUUUGUAAAUUCUUGUUUAUAGUGGCAGUGGAAGUCCUUGUAAAUUAGUUACAGGAAUUAAGUAAGGGAAAAGUGUCAAAAGAAUUUGAACAUCAGACUAAUUAAAAUUAGCCAAGAGCAUUUUGACCACCAGUUCAGAGCCAGUUACCCAUCAAUUGUAAUCUCUUCAAACAAAUAAGUUCACAAAUAGUUUAGUAUGUCUAUUGAGUUAACCUAGGAUAUUUGCAAAUUUAUUUUAAAUUAAUAUUUAAUAAUAUUUCACAUACCAUUUAGAAUAAGAAAAAUUGCUUAUGUACCUUAAAAUACUGACCCUGCUUACAUAAUUGGGAUACUUAACAAAAUGGACAUAUCUUAAUCUGCUAGUAUACCAUGCAUGACUUUAUUACUUAACUCAAUGCCUCACAAAUGUAAACUUUAUUUUAAUUCUGGUACAUGAUAUAUGCUGAAAUAACUUUUACAUUACAAAAUACAGUAGAGACUGGAUAACUUGAUCUGCCAUCGGAAACAAAAAACGGUUGAAAUCCCAUCUUGUUCGAGUUACUAAGAGGUUUGAGUUCACUGAGUUUGAAUUGGUGAGGUUCUCCUAUAUCAGGAUGACACGGUUUUCUCUUGGAACACGUCAGGCCAGUAUUUCUACCUAUCAUUUGUUUUUGAGAUGCCAGCCACUAAAAGUAGACAAAGCAGAAAAAAAAAAUGGUUGAAAUCGCAUCUUGUUCAAGUUACUGGGAAGUUUGAGUUCACUUAGUUUGAAUUAGUGAGGUUCUCCUAUAACAAGAUGACACUGUGUUCUUUAGGAACACGUCAGGCCAGUAUUUCUACCUAUCAUUUGUUUCUGAGAUGCCAGCCACUAAAAGUAGACAAAGCAGUUGUCAAAUAGCAGUCUUAGUUUGAAAUAAAUUUUACCUUCACCCAGUCUUGUAUCCAUGGCUGGCUACUAAUUAUCUGGAGAACACUUAUGACAAUAUUUCAUGAGAUUUAAGUAUUAAAUAAUCUUCAUAUCAUG